CAGGCCAAAGUGCAGUGGCAGUGAUAGUGACACCGCUUCCAAAUGAGUCAAAUGACGAAUAUUAUUAUCUCUCUCAAAUAGAAGAAUCAUUGCGAAGAAUCAAGAAGAAUGUUGAAAUCAGGCAUGAUAGAACUGGCAUCUCAAAGCUGCUCCUCUAAGUACUUCUUCUCUAUCCUAUCAGUACACUGUACCAUCGCAGUAGUUCGUUGGUGUACAGUAGUCAGUAGUAUCACUAUCAGAUCAGAGUGAGUCAGUGACCUAUCAAACGCGUCCUACAUCACACACGUUCGUCAAUUAUUCGUGUUGAAAUUAAAUCAUGUGCCCGCAUUCAAUAGCUUUAAAUAAUUUAUAACGAUCUUUCGUGAAUAUAGUCAAAAACUUCAUCGAUUUUAGCUUUUCGUCCGCGGAUAUAUCGGGUCUCAUCGUGACUCCCUUACUUACUGAUAACCACUCGUCGCAGUGCUCACUGUGCUCACUGUUUAUAUUUUGUCACUUCACGAGUCUUUCUAAUCGAAUCUCCUUCCGCGUGUAUUUAUUCCAGCUCCAGCUAUAGUGACCGAGAGUCACUUUAAUCAUGGUGCAAAAAUAUCAGUCGCCUGUAAGGGUGUACAAAUACCCCUUCGAAUUAGUCAUGGAGGCUUAUGAGCGGCGAUUCCCAACAUGUCCCUUAAUCCCUGUUUUUGUCGGGUGUGAAGUUCUAUCUGAUGAAAAGACUCCUGAUGGGAGCCAAAGAUUCACUGAACGCCGUUGCAAGCUUGUUGUUGAAGCUCCCUACAUUAUAAAAAAGAUCAUUGGGACAGACUAUGUUUUCUUUAUUCAAAAAAACGAUCUCAAUUUAAAAAACAGAAACCUAGAUAUCGAAGCGCAGAACGAAAGUUUCACGAAUCGAGUGACGGUUCUAGAAAAAUGCCGAUAUUUUGCCCACCCGGAAAACCCAGAAUGGACCUGCUUCGAGCAAUCGGCCACUUUAGACGUGAAGUCGUUUUUCGGCUUCGAGAACACCAUAGAAAAGCUGGCAAUGAAGCAGUACGUCCAGAAUGUUUCAAAAGGCAAAGAAAUCAUUGAACACUUCAUCAACGUGCUCAAGGAGGAAGGGAUAACCCACGUUCCACCCUGGAUUCCACCCGAGAACUAUGUUGAGCCACUACCCUCAAACAUCGGCGAUGAGUUAGGAGGUGUGAAUGGGAAACUAGCUGAAGUGACAAUCACUACAUCAGCAGGGAAUCAGUUGAUCAGACAAGGUAGUUCCUCAAGCAACACGCUACCGAAUACAUAUCAUUUGGAGGCUGACUACAUCCAACGAUAUCUCGGAGAAUUAACCCCAAUUCAAGAAUCUCAGUUAGUUCAGUUGAAGAAUAACUUCGCUCAUUUACAAAAAGGGAAAAUACCUAAUGACCCAACAUUACUCAGGUUUUUACGAGCACGGGACUUUAAUGUCGAGAAAGCACGAGAGCUUUUAUCUCAGUCAUUAACUUGGCGCAAAAGGCACAAUGUCGACCAGAUUCUCUCAUCCUAUGAAACCCCUGAUGUGAUCAAAGAUUACUUUCCUGGCGGAUGGCAUCAUCAUGACAAAGAUGAUCAGCCAAUUUAUCUUUUGAAACUGGGACAAAUGGAUGUCAAAGGACUGCUUAAAACUAUUGGUGAAGACAGUCUACUAAAAUUGACAAUGCAUGUGUGUGAGGAAGGAUUAAAACUUACGGAAAAAGUAACGAAAGACUGCGGUAAGCCGAUUUCAACAUGGUGUCUGUUGGUGGACCUAGAGGGACUCAAUAUGCGCCAUCUCUGGAGGCCAGGAAUUAAGGCAUUGCUUAGGAUAAUUGAAAUUGUCGAGGCAAAUUACCCUGAGACUCUUGGCAGAGUUUUAAUCAUUCGAGCUCCUCGUGUGUUCCCUAUUUUAUGGACUUUAAUCAACAAAUUCAUAGAUGAAAAGACACGCUCCAAAUUUCUGUUCUAUGGAGGAAAUGACUAUCAAGCUGCUGGAGGACUGGUAGAUUAUAUUGACGAGGAAUUCAUCCCUGACUUCUUAGGAGGUCCUUGCAAGACGAAAAUUCCAGAUGGAGGAAUCAUUCCAAAACAUCUUUACCAGGCUGACAUUGGACAUGAAGGAGCUUGCAUGACAGAGGACAGUAUCUAUUCAUCAGCGGGACUUAGUAGAAACCAAUCUCAUGAAGUGUUUGUGCUGAUAGAGGCUCCUGGCAGUGUGAUCACAUGGGAUUUUGACAUCAUUCGUCAUGAGGUCGCUUUCAGUGUUUUAUACUUGAAGCGGGUGUUACCAUCGCUUGCAGAGGAUGAAACUGAAUCAACAGGGACAGAACAGAAAUUGGUGUUCGACAAAUCGUGGAAAGAAGGCACGGAUUAUGUUGUGGUUGAGCCAAGCACAGUCUGUCAUGAAGGCGAAAGCAUUCAGGGUUCUCAUGUAACAGCCUUUAGUGGAAUGUACAUUCUCAGUUGGCGCCACCAUGCCAGCAUGGUCAUUGACAAUAUUCUUGAUACAAUCACAAAUCCUAAAGCAGAAAUUAUGUACUACUAUGAAGUGCUUCAUUCAGCAGAUUACAAAGGCUCCAUGUCAAGUUUACAAUCAGGGCAUAGUGGAUUCUCUGCUCUUAGUCAGCGCUCAAUAGCAAGCGUAUGUCCGUCAAGAUGACUAAAGGAUGAAACAGCUACGGAGAUUGAAGGAAAUGAUAAUGAUAAGGCAUCAUGGAAACCGCCUGAUUCUGUUCUUUCUGCCACAUCAUAAAUUGUACCAAUAUUAUUACCAUGUAAUGAACUUUCUUUAAUAGGUUUCCUUUUCUUUACUCAACUUUGUAAAAGUGAAGCAUUCAUUUUUUUAAAAAUGAUAAAAAAUCGAUACAAAUUCGUAAUCUUCAAAUUUUUAGUGUGAUAUUUUAGUUCCUUUUGUGCUUGGUCUUAAGUUCAAGCUGUUUAUCAGAUCGAAUUUGAUAAUUUUUAAAUUAAGGAGCGUCGUGUUUAAUCAAAAUUAUUCUUUCAUUAGUUUUAUCAUUGUGUCAGUCAAUUUUUCUCUUUUAGAUUUAUUUGUUAUUUUAUUGAAUCCAUUAGUUUUUUGCACCAAAGGAAGCUCUCCUUUUUGUUGAAUUAAGAAUGAUAUGCCUCGUAGCUAAAUCAGACAUAGAUGUGUUGGUAAAAACCAAACUAUUUAGCUCCCAUCAAAAUGGUCAUUGUACAAUCUCAUUAUAAAUAUUAAACAUGAAAAUGAUGUUUUAUGAAUGGGCAAGUUGAUGCAGUAUGCUGUUCUGUGAAACACAAUUUUAAAAUCAAAUUAAAUUUUUCUUUUUGACAUCUCUCUCAUUUGACUGAAUUGAUUCAAUUCAAAAUAACAACUUGCAGCUCAAAAUUGCAGAACACCAGGGACUUUUUGAUUUAGAAAAUAAUGACUGAACGGUAUUAAUGCAUAUCAAAUGAUAGGUGGAUGACCUCAUUUGCGUAUUGUCAUUUAAGUAAUGUUAAUUGGACUACAUUUUGCAAUUAGGAAGUACAAUUCCUGGUUCCUCCAAAAAAACAAACAUUUGCAUGAGGAAUCUAUGGUAGGUGCAUAAGAAGUUGUUUCUAAACUGAGCCAGAAAUUGUAGUUCCCAAUUGCUAAAUGAAUUGGGAUGUGUUCGAACCGCUAAUGUCCAUUUUUUUAGUCUUAAGUUUUUUUAAGUUCAUAAUACUUUUCGGAGUUGGUUGCAACCACGAAAGUGGCGUUAAAACUUUUCUUCGGGUUUCUUUACUCCCAAAACGAGUUCUUUCAUCACUUUUAUGGUUGCAUCAACUCUUCAAAAAUAUUAUGAACUCAAAAAUCUUGAGACUGGAAAAAUGGACAGUGGCAGCUUUCGCAAGUCCCGAUUCAAAUGUUGUCCAAUUUUAAUCACUUUUAUCAGGUUUCAGCGUUGAUUUUUGAACUAAUGGUGAGGCAAACUUUUUUCGUUGAGAAACAUUUUGAGGAUAAAUCACAAAGGUUGAGGCUUUCUCUCACACCUCGCUUGGUAAUUCUGUACACUAUUGUAAGCACCUGAUUAAAUUAUGUUUUAAAUUUUGAUAAUUAAUACUACCGUGAUAGCGAAGAGAGCAGUAACUGCAUGCUGGGAUGAACCUUGAGACACAUAAAAGCAUCUGCUAACCAUGACUCAUACAGAAAUGCACUUCUACUGCAUGCUAGGAUAAACCUCAAGACAAGACACAUAAAAGCAUGUGCUAACCAUGAAUUAUACAGAAAUGCACUUACUGCUCUCUCCACUAUCACAGCAGAAUAGUUGAACAUAUAUAAUCAGAACCAUCCUAAUUAAAUCAAAUGUCUUCUCAUUAUUCCAAUGACUUUUUUCCCACAGAAAAUAAGGCAACAUUCUAACUCGAAAUUUUGUGAUUUAUAUUCUCUACGACCUUUCCAAAAAUUCUUAUUAAGUUUUAAAAGGUGUAUUCUUGUUUGGCUUUCUGCUAAAAGGAAAAAAAUCAUGAGAAGAAUUAUAUAGGCGAUAUGAAAUGCUACUCCAAAUUGUUGAACAAACGCCAGAGCCACGUUUCCAGAGCCUUUUUAACUUUUAAAUAAACAACUAAACGAGAUAUUGAUGUUUGUAUCAAAUGGAGGAUAAAUGACAUCAUUAAAAAAUGCUGAUUCUGGUUCAAUUCUCUUAAUUAUUCUACUGGUUUUUUAGCAUAAUGAGUAUGUACACCAAGUACUCCUCUUCAAAACCCCUAAUUUGGCAUUUCAGUAAAAUAAAUUCUCCUGUUUCUUACUUUUGCUACCACAGUUAACCACCAGCUGCACAAAAACAGCAUUGUGUUUUUGGGGUAGGUACCUAGUCAUUAGUGAGUAGCUUAAGUUAUUGUUAAGGUCAAGUUGGAAAGAAUAUCGAGCUUUUAACUAAGACAGAUCGUUUCAGACACUCAACUUACUAACUUCAAUAACCUAUCAUUAUCACUACCUAAAUUUAUCACCAUCCUAAUUUUCAGAAUUACUAAAGUCUUUCCAUCAUCAAAUUUGUUACCUGAAUCAGGAGCUCAAAACUUCCUAGGAUGCUUUUGCAUUGCUUAGACCAAGGCUGCAUAUCAAGACAUUCUUUGAUUAUUAAAAUUAUCACGCAUUGGUUCAAAAUUAAAGGGAAUUGAGGAAAAUUCGUUGAUGCCAAAAAUAGGUAUUGAUGGUUUAAGUUACAUUAUUUGAUGAAAUGUUUUUGCCAAAUCUGUCCCUCUAGUGUCUGCUUGUCAAAUUAUCUUUAUAUACUCUCUUCCUAAAAUCUUUUGCAUGAACGUAUGCCAAAUAAUUUAUAUCUAAGAGGAAGAACAUUGUAAAUAACCAUUCGUAUAGUAAAUUUUGUUAGUGGGUUUAUUCUAUGAUUUUUGAUGCCAAAAGAUCUUCUAUAGUUAAAAUAUCUAGAAAAAAGUGUAUGAACUCGGAGUUUUGAUUCUGCCGACCAUUUUCCAAGGGUUUUGUUGCCUAGGCAUGGCUUAGCAACAUGAUUUUUCUUGAAGUAUGUUAUCAUCAAACUUCUGAAGACUUUCUGUGGUCAAGUUUGAGACUGCUUCAUUUUCCUCUUCUGCUCCUCAUCCCAUAUUUGAGUAUAAUAAACUUCCUGAGUUGUGAAGUUUUCAAAGAUAUAAUUGAUGAAGAUGUUAAACUCUAACUAGAAGCUUGCUCAAUUUUCUCGAUCUGUUAUAGUUUUUGAGCAAGUUUAAAAUUUUAGGCUCCUAUACUUUUACAUCACAUGAUAUAGGCAGAAUACUUCAACAAUUCUCUGGAGUUCUUAAAAAGUUUACUUUGACAUCGCUCAAAUUUUACAUUCAUUUCUUUACAGCACUGGAGUGCCCUCUGCAAGUAUUAUCCUAAUAAUAUUUUGUUUUACAUUUUAUGAACUCAUUGAAUUUGUUUCCUGAAUUGCUGAUAUGUUGAUCUCAAAUUUUUAUACCGAUUUUAAUCUUAGCAAAUUUUUAAUUGUACUUUUUUCUCUUUAUUAAUUCAAAACUAAUUUUAUUCCUCCUUUGUGAUCGUUGCAUGAAUUGCAAGUCCAUUUGAUUUUCCAUCCUCUGGAUUAAAUAUUUUUCCUCGUUUUGUCCAAUCAGCAUGCUCCAUCUCUGCAUUUUCAUUGUGCCUCAACAUUUUACCUGUUAAAUUCAAAAGAAUAGAUGCUUAGAGGUUCUUAGACAAUAGGUUUCUUGUUAUCCAACUAGAUUAUAAAAAGAAGUACUUACUUUGAAAUUCAGAAAAAUGACGUUUUUGAUGAGAUCACUUAAUUAUUGUUGUAUAAUGCGUUUAGUAUACGUAGUGAGUGUAUGGGCACUGAACUGAAACAGCGAUUGCAUUAUAAACAAAAUGGGCCUAAUUAUGGUUGCCUCUAACCCGCUAAUGUCCAAUUGACAAUCAAUGAAACUCGCUCCAUUAACAGAAGUGAAGAGUCCUUUGUGCAAGCAACUGGUAUCUUCCUUUUUUACUUCAAUCGGAGGCAAGACCUUUUUCGAGAUGCAGAUACUUAGAGACAUUCAUGUAAGAUAAGUCUAUUUAAACAGGAUUUAUAUUACAGACAGUCUCCUAUUGCAUGGGUGGAUCCAAAUAUGUCUUGCUAUUUCCACACAUUUUUCUAACUACAAGGUUUGUGUACCUAUCAACAAAAUGUAAUAUAAAGUCAGUCGCAUAGCAGAUUGAUGCUAUUUUGUUAAAAAUUCUCAGCCUUGAGGGGAUUAAAAGAGCAGCACAAAUCAAGUUAGUCUAGGUUUACGUCAGCUCUCUAUUCUUUCAGUGCCCUCAGUUAUGCAUACAUAUUUUAUGCAUAUCAGCUGAAUCUUCCACCUAUGGAUUUUAAAGUUCUCUUAAAAUUGAAGGAAUGAGUGUCCUUCACUUUAGAAAUUUGAUGAAUGUAAUGAUGAAUGAUAAUGAUUGUUUUGGUUUUAAAAAUGUUAGCAAAAAUUGAACUUAUUAAUAGUUAUCAUUGGUUCUCUGUUUUCUUUUAUUGUUUCAUCCUUUUUUUUGUUAUCAUGGAAUCAAAAUAUUGAAGGCAAUGAGAAAAAAAGAAUUUAAUGUUAUAAAUCAAUAAUUUAAUUUUCUCUUUAAAUACCUCAAAGCACUUUUUAUUAUUCAUUUACAUAAUGUAAUGAUUAGGCCAAUGCUGUCACUGCCUGAUUAGAUCAUGAGCUGACUCAAAAAAAAUCCCUCCAGCCUGAAGUGAGCGUUUGCCCAAAGUCAAUUAGGAUGUACUUAGAUGAUCGACUCUAGCAAAUUACAUAUGUAACUUUUCUAAUCUCAAAAAUUUUCCAUCACGGUUGCAUAGCAGAAAACGCUUUAAGUGUAUUACUACUGUCGAUUCUAUGAUUGUUAAUGAUUAUAAUGAUUUAUUUCACUGGAUGUUAUGCGUGAUUAUCAUGUAAUUAGGAUAUUGUCAAAUUAUUGGAUGUAUAUAGAUACUCGUUCUUUUUUUCUUUUUUAGCAAUAAACGUGAUUAUACUGA